GUGAAACUAACAAGUUGAAAAAUUUCUGUAAGAAUAUAGUGAAAUUAUAAUUUUACUUUCAGGAAUGGGAUUCGGAGGAAGAGAAGAUGGCCCUUCUGUUAUUCCAAACAGAAAAGCAAUGAAAUUUGGCAUGAAAGUUUAUAAGCAACUGUUUGGAGCUAAAAAUAAGAAUACAAUCAUAUCCCCGCUUGCACUUUAUUAUGGUCUGGGAGUAGUGUACAUGGGAGCAUCCGGGGAAACGAAGAAUCUUUUAAAAGCAGUGCUAGAUUUACCAUAUCAAAAACAAGAGGCCGCCAGAGUAUUCUGGCGGAUGAUAUGUAAAUAUAUUGACAUGCCAGAGUUAGUGACCAUCAACAGAAUAUACUACAAAACGGGAAUGACAAUAAAGAAGGACACGAAAUAUCUAAUUAAAAAGUUUUUCAGAACGGACCCCAGACCCAUCAACUUCUCAAAACCAACCAUAGCGGCUGAAAAAAUUAACAAGUGGUUUGACUCUCAAACAAAUGGAAAAAUUACAGACGUAGUUAUCCCUAACCAGAUAGGCACCUCCACUUCAAUGAUUUCCGUAUGCGCCUGCACAUUACGUUGCUUUUGGAAGCAUCCAUUCAGAAAGAAUAAUACAAAGGACGCCAACUUUUGGAUAGCGGAAGAGCAGAGUGCUAAGGUUCCGAUGAUGUUUAGUGGUCGAAUUCCGCUCCUGUUCCACAAAUAUGAUGAAUUGGAAUGCAAAGGCCUAGAAUUGCAUUUUGAAAAUGAUGACCUCACAAUGUUUUUUCUAGUACCGGACCGUUGGGACGAAUUUGCAUUUAUUCACGAAAGAAUAGGGGAAAUGGACCUGAUAAGCCUCCGACGUCGAAUGCAGCUAUCUAAUAUGAACGUGGCUGUACCUAGAUUCAGAGUUAAAGGCAGCUUUGCAAUUAAAUCUGCCUUGCAAAAGAUUGGACUGGAUAAUCUAUUUGCAAAUUCUGCUGAUUUCUCCGACUUCACCCAAGAUCGAAUUAAACUAGAUGACGUAUAUUACGCGGCUGUGAUAGAUGUGAAGGAAGGUGGAAUAGAUGCCGAUGGCAUAGACGGCGAAACAACCACGGAUUCAACGCCAGAUUUCAUCAUUGAUCGUCCGUUUAUUUACGCUCUGAUGUCCAAAAAAUACCGUCUUUUCUCUUUUGGUUACAUCGUGAAUCCUCUCGAUGUGGUUCCCGAAGAACGAGGUAAUAAAUUCGUUCGUACUAAAGAGGACGAUGGAUUUGGUCAACACAGCGAAUUUAGCGAAUAUAGCCGAUCAACGAGCCGAAGCGAAUACAGCGAGUAUAGUGAUUACAGCAUAGGUGAUGAAGAGAGCGAAAAUGGUCAGAUAAUGACUAUAGCGAACGUCGUGAAAAUUGGGAAUAAAGUUUUUACAAAGGAGAUUACGGACAAAGCAGAUGCAAAGUCUUGCCUCUCGUCCUACUCGGCCUUCGUACAACCCGCCGAGAUGGCAAACUCAGAGAAACAGGACGGUCCAUCCAGCGUAUUCAACCGAAAAGCCAUUGAGUUUGGUUUGGAUAUCUAUGCAGCUUUAGCCAAAGACGAUGAACAUCGAACCAUGAAUACUUUAAUUGCACCUUUAGCCAUCCAUUUCGGAUUAGGCAUUCUUUACAUGGGUGCAGCUGGAAGAACCGCAAAAGAAUUCCAAAAAUGUCUCCGUCUCAGUGGCACUAAACAACAAGUAGCGAAGAAAUUUUGGAGGGUUAUCUGCAAAUACAUGGAUAAUAGGAAUACAUGCGUUAAAAGCGCUGUAUUCAUGCGGGACGAUAUCACAGUAGACCCAAAGACAGACCUUCUGAUCAAAAAAUACUUCAAAACAGAAGUACAACCGAUUGACUGUAAGAGUCCAACGUUCAUGGCAGGAAAAAUAAAUAAAUGGGCUUGUCAAGGGACGAACCAGCAAAUAUCAGAAGUCAUUCACCAGGAUCAUAUGAACACUGAUUGCUCAAUGUUGCUUACAUGUGUAACCAUCAUCCAAAGAAGUUGGAAGAAGCCGUUCAGUCCAACUGGAAACUACACCUUUUGGCUGAACAACACUAAUACAAGAGAAGUUCCGAUGAUGAUCGCAAAUGACAUAGACCUUAGAUACUAUGAAUCGACAGAACUAGACUGUAUCGUUUUAGAUAUUCCUUUUGAUGACGGGGACCUCUCCAUGUUAAUUCUUUAUCCUAACGCUAUAACCGGGAUCGACUUGGUGGAAUACCAGUUGCAAGAAUUAGACCUUAUUAAAUUACGAAGAAACACGAUGGACUACAAGACAUCAGUGCUUAUGCCUAAAUUCAGACUAGAGGGUGAUAUGCUUUUAAACGAAAUCUUAAACGAUUGUGGAAUUCACGCAGCAUUUUCUGAAAACCAGGCGGACUUCUCACAAUUCUCGAAUAGCCCUCUUUUCGCCACGGAGAUACUUUUUCGGGCUAUUGUAGAUGUACGCGAAGGCGGUUUAUGUACAACAAGAGAGGAGGGUGACAAAUAUCAUUUUGAUUCAGAUCUUAUCAAAGUGGACCACCCAUUCUUAUUUGCAAUAAUGUCAAAGAAACAUCGUCUUUUUCUCUUCGGAGCAGUACGAGAUCCUGCGAUAAAAACCACUCUUUCUACCAUGUCGUCACCUGCUUUGAAUGUAAAUAAUGAAGACAUCAACGAGUUGAAAGAAACCUCGAAUGAAAUUGAUGAAAACAGAGAUGCUGCUGGAGACAACUCCUCGAGUCACAUCCCAGAUAAACCACAACAAAACGACACCAUUCCAAGUGGCUUAACUGACCAAUAUUUUCCUAAACAAAACUUCGGCUUCUUCAUUUACUGUGUAGGCACCAAUUUCCCUGAAAAUAAUCAGGGUUAUCCUGGUUUUCAGCAGCAGCAACCGAUUAAACGUGCUAAUUUCCACGCGAUAAGCAGUUUCUGUGAAAUUAUCUUUGAGUUUUCAAUCAAAAAAAUAUACGACUUUAAAAUGGUAGAGAAAAAGGCAGAUGGUCCGACAACAAAACGUCACCGAAAAGCGCUAGAUUUUGGCCUUUGCUUGUUCAACGGUUUAACGGAACAACGCUCGAAUGACAUCACCAAUAUUGUCAUGUCGCCUUUGGGUCUUUACUUGACUAUGGGUAUUGCAUGCAUGUGCGCUUCUGGGAAAACUUUGUCGGAAAUAAAGCAAUCCCUGAACAUCAGCCAAUCAUAUAAAGAUGAGAUUGGGGACGAAUUUUGGCAACUCUUUUGCAAAUAUUACAAGGAUCAAUUUUUGCCUUUCGCCGUCGACAUUUUUAUCCGUAAAACUGCGACGACCAACGAGCCCGCCAAAUCUCUCAUCCCAACAUACUUACGGGGAAAAAUAAACAAGGUUGAUUUUAAUAACCCAGAGGCAGCUGCAUCCGCAAUCAAUAAUUGGGCUAAGGAGAAAACGUCAGGACUGAUGCCAGAAAUUCUUAGAUCAAGCGAGACCCCGCGAAAUAGUGCAAUAAUACUAGCAGGAGUAAUGACCAUCAUGCGCAAUUGGCAACAUUCGUUUGUUACGAUGCCGAAAGGUAAAUUCAACUCUCCUAGUGGACGUCUCAGAAACGUUCCAAUGAUGGGUUUACCUACAACGUCGCUGAAGUAUCGAGAUGACCAAUCUUCGCAGUUCACCGCUGUGGAUAUUCCUUUUGAAGAUGGCGAUCUUUCAAUGCUAAUACUUUAUCCAUAUAAAGACUCCAGUAUUCAAGACUUAGAAAGAUUAUUGCGUGAUUAUGACUUAAUUGAAUUACGAAGGAACAUGCCUUGGACCAAUGUAUCUAUAGUUAUGCCAACGUUCGCGGUAGAAAGUAACAUCGAUUUCAGCAAAAUUUGGAAAAAGUGUGGCAUAGACUCGGCGUUUUCCGGAAAAUCUGCCAAUUUUUCAGACAUCUCUGACGAUCGCCUUUACAUUACGGAUGUGUACUUCCAGUCUCUUAUCGACAUAAAUGAGUUUGGAAUGGGAGUAAAAAUGGAGCCUAGUCGAAGUGAGAAGUUUGAGAUAACUUCCGAAACGAUGGUGAUUGACCGUCCCUUUAUAUUCGCUAUAAUGUCGAAGAAACAUCGACCCUUCCUUUUUGGGGAGGUACGAAAUCCCACUUUGAAGGGAACUACUGGGAUAGGAAAAAGUAAAUCUUGGUCCAGCAGUGUGCGAAAAACCGCUGAUGCGAUAGGUAAGAGCACCAGCAGUGUAGAGCCAAGCAGAAGAUCAAAGAGUGAAUCAAAGGGAAGAAAAUCUAAAGGGAAGGAUGGUCGGUCUCUAUCAAAUAGAAUUGAACGCGCAUCGAGUUCGACCGCCUUAAGAUUAAAUAGUGUCAAUCCUGAAGUUCUGGAUAGUAAUAAUGCUACCCAACAAACAGGCAGUACUAAAGAAGGCAAGAAAUCUAGAAGAGGAACGAAGGAGGAGAGAUUAUCAAAACAAAGGGAAUUGAAGCCUGUAUCAAACCGUAUUGCUCCAGCGUCAAGUUCUUCCUCCGGAGCCUCUGAGUCUGUUAAGCCACAGCGUCUUAAUGAAAAUGAUGCACUUCAUCGAAAGGGCUGUCCGGAACUAAAGAAAAAGCGCGAAAGUGAACAGACAAAACCAAAGGAUUACCAGGCUUUACCACAAAAAUUUAAACGAGAGUCAAAACCGUCCUUCGCAAGUUCCGGUUUUGCCAAACAGCAACUUGGAGACGAAAAAGGGAAAGGAAGCCACUAUUUGAAUGAGGCUUCACUCAAAGGGGACAUGGCGGAGAUAGUAAGUCGUUUAACUUCGGAGUGGGCCAGCUCUCUAACAAAGCAUUCUCAAGGUGAAAGCGAGAAAAACAAAGUUAAACGAGAGGAGACGAGGCAAUCAAAAACAGACGCUGGGAAAAAUAAACACAGAACGAUGGAACAGCAAAGAGUUAGUAAUAAAUUUAGUGACAAGCUAGAUCCUGAAGCCUCGGACAACUGUUCCGAGUAACCUUGAAAUGUUGAAACACCAGAGAAUUGGAAGUCAGUCUAUCGUAAGAUGCUGUGAUGGCGUCUUAAUCAAAGAUAUUGUCAAGAUUACAACACGUUAUAGCUGCAAAUUUCAAUAAUCCUCGGAAGAACCCUCGUUAAUUGAUACGGACACUCCAAGAAAUCAUGAUGGAGAGCCCAGUGAAGCUAUACUAUAUUUCGCCCAUAUCGCAUCGCAAGAACAGAAAAAUUGACCGACGCCCUUGUACGUGCAUUAUAUUCUACUUACAAACGUUGGAGCCUUCCAAAAAUGAAAACUUUCAUGCACCAAAUUUUAUCGAAAGAGCGGAGUUUUAUAUUAACUGUGAAGUGUUUCUUUUUUAAAUUUUGGAACUAAUCUUUCGACAUUGAUGAAUAAAUUUAUGCUAGAAAGCGAGUUCUGCU